CGGACCGCUCUCUCAUUUUCUCCCCGGUAUCGAAGGCGGGUGGGGGCUCCUUGUUAACACAAAUAUAGACACCGGUAACACAGACAAGAGUAGGGAAACUACACGCAUAGUUUCUGUUUUAAAAAGAGUUCGGCCAAAAAGUUAUGCGGUGGAUGGCAAAUGUGUGAUCGUGCGUGUUGACGUAACUAGUGCACCAUACCACGUUGUUUGUGUUUCAACUCGUUUUUUUUUGGUCUCUAACGUGCCAGUGUGGAAGGCGCGAUCGUGUUAUUCAAUUCUACCUGAAAAUUCAAAUCAACAAAAUUUGCCUACCGUCGCAAAAAAAAAAAAUAAUAAUAAUAAUAACAAAUUUCCAAGCAAACACGGUGAAUGCAAAUCAAACAUCAUUGAAUCUUCGCAGAAAGAAAAAAAAAAAAAAAGGACGUGCAAGCGUCGCAGAUGCGAGCCAGCGUCUCCAAUUUCAUUUGGAUUCCUCUCUGUUGGAUUUGCCCUUUUUAGAUAUUUUCAGCGAUUCGACUAUUGCGGACGGCUGGGGCCGCUAAGUUAGUAUUGAUCCAAAACAUUCUCGGUAUAGUCAACCAACUACAGACGGGCAGCUUGAACUAUAGGCCACAAAAUACGCAACCCGCUGUCUUUUAUUCCGGAUGAAUCGUUAAGACACACGUAUCAUCAACGGUGAGGGGAAAGAAAAGAAAAAAAAAAAGGCCGACAAAACAAAAUCGAAUCAGCGGCCAUGAGACAAUUAGGUUCGCCGAUGUGCUAGUGAAACGAGCGCGCCGCAUUCGAAGUAAAUAGGUUCAAGCCAUCGGAAGGGAAGAAGAAGCGAAACAUAAAGUUCGAAGAUGCGGCCGUCUUCCAGUUUCUGGCUUUUAUUGCUGUUGCGUUUAUGCAACUGGGCUAGCGGGUCUUCCAUCAUGGGGCGCGAUCACCAACAGCCGAGGAUAAUCCAUCCCAAUCAAUCAGAUACCACGGCCGGAUCAUCAUCAUCAUCAUCAUCAUCUAGAUGGUUAUCGACUUGGACGGUGCACGAGGGCCAGACCCGGGAAACGGUUCCAGUGAUCAAGUCGAUCAAAAGUCGGGGCUUCCUCGUUGGCGAUUUCUGCGACGACACUGACCAAUGCAAUCCCGGCCUACCGCACACCGUCUGCAACGCCAUGUCUCAACGAUGCGAAUGCGACCCGGACUUCCCUAUCAUCGUAGACAACUCUAUUUGCGUCCCACCUUUGAAGCUGGGCGAACUUUGCCUGUACGACCAGUCGUGCCAGUACUUUGACCGCAAUUCUGUCUGCGCAAUGUCAGACGAAGGCAACGCACACGAGUGUCGUUGCCGGGCGGCAUUUCGGCCGUCCAUCACUCUCGAAUCCAUUUCGCGAACCAGCCUUUGCAUCCCAGAGCCUCACGGUCCCUGGUUGAAAUCGGACGUGCCGACCGUCAUCGGACUGGGUGUUGGCAUGUCCAUCUUCAUGGCGCUGACUUGCCUCGUUCUCAAACUCUUCAGCAGGGCCCGGUUCGCUCAGGAUCAGGCCAGAGGAUACGGCAACGCCCAUCUGGCCCCGCCGACUAGCGCCAGCACCACCAUGAACCACACUCACACAGAUGGAAAACAUCCGCCACGACCCAACAAUCACCGACAGGUAUCCAUCACCGAUUCCGAGACAGCUGCACCCACAGAUAUCGUGACGCGUAGGACUAACUCGAUCAACAACGGCGGUCAUCACCAUUCGCGCGGAUCUUUCUAUGGUAGAAGGCAGAGCAAUCAUUCGGCAACGUACGAAGCCAGGAGUCCCAUGAGGAGCCACAGGAGUGAUGCAUCCGCAAACCGCGAUUCCAUCAGCGCUCAAGCGGAUACUGAAGAUCGAACGCCGGCUCCGCUUCACCAAUCCAACAAUUCGAUACGCUCUAGUCUAGAAUGAAAGAAAUGAAAACAAAA